CCUCCAGACGCAGCCACUGUGUGGCGUCAUGACGCAUCUGUGGGGCGGAGUCAGAGUCAGACAGGUUUCACAGGUGUGUAGCUCCGUAACAAUAACACCAGAGAACUGAACGAAACUCCGACAAAUCACUGCUUAUUUCGUUUAUUUUGGUAAAAGACAAUGGCAGAAUCAAACCGGCAUCAUCACACAAGGGACAAAGACUACUCUAGUCGAGACAGGAGAGAUGAAGGGAGACGUGAACACAGACAGGACAGGAGGUACAGAGAGGACAGAAGAGCACCUGAUGAAGACGACAGAUCACAAAGCCACAGAGAGAAACAAAGAUAUGCUGACACACAGAGGGACCCCCGUGUGUACGACGCCACUCGUUAUCAUAGUCAGGGAGUGCCCAGUUACACUGAGACUUUAUCUUCAUACUAUGAUGACAGUCAACCACAUAAUCAUAAAGGGGCACUUUACAACCUAAAAUACAUUACAACAAGCAGAGGCAUCUGUCAGGCCAUGGAAUUCUUCUUAAGCUUGUUGAUUAUCAUCUGUGCUGGAGUGAACCACAGUAACUCGGGUCGGUAUCGGGAUAUCGCCAGCUUGGGCGGUCUGUACCAGUACUAUUAUGGAGGAGCCAAUGCAUUCACUGGAGCAGAGGCACAGAAGGUCCAGCAGCUCGACGACCAGUUUUACCAGCUCAAACUGCCCCCUUACGUCUACAGCAUGGCAUGUGGCGGGGCAUUGAUGCUUUAUGUUUGUGCCAUGCUGGCUCUCGGAGUGUUUCGCAUGCCCUACCGCUUCCCCCCUCUGCUGCUGGCUGAAGCCCUGCUGGAUGCGCUCAUAGGUCUUGGUUUUAUUCCUGCUCUCGCUUUCUACUUCAUAAAGCUGCAGGAGAUCUACAACAACCCCAUCUGUAAAGAGAGGGAAGCGAUGUACAGCAGCAAAGGUCACAGAGGAUUUGAGUGCAAUCUCAAUGGGGCAGACAUAGCAGGAGGGUUGUUUGGUGUUCUGGGGAUUAUUAUUUUCCCCAUAAGUGCAGUGUUGGCCAUCAAAGCCUUCAUAAAAGUGCGGAAGAUGAAGCAGAGGCCGACAGAAGACAACAACCUCUGAGUGUUAUGCCAUUUCAUGUAUUUGGGAAGCACGAGAGAUUUUACUUGCGCCCAUGUAAAUGCGUUGGUUAGUAUUUUUACAAUGUCAGAAGGAUAUAUAUUUUUCAACUUCUAAUUUUUUUUGCUUUCAAGUUUAUUAUAAAGGACUUUUGUAUGGAAGCUUGUUUCCAUUAUGAAAUAAAAAAUAAAAAAGGUAA